CUCAGGACAAUUGAUUGAAUUUAUCCACCACCACCCACCACCACUUUAACAGCGUCCGCGCGCCCACUCACUCGAGAGCUCCUGCCGUCACCCAUCGCAAUCGCCAACGAACGUACAGCGACGGGCGCUUCUCCCCGCCCAUCGUCGAAAUGACUGCAAUGGAGAGCUUCGACAGCAUCUACCUUGACCUCUCCAAGGAGAGCGGCAAAUGUAGGUUUGCCGAGACGGGCUUCGGAUGGAAACCAUCGGGCGGCGGCGAGACCUUCACCCUCGAUCACAGCAACAUCGGAGGCGCGCAAUGGAGUCGAGCAUCCAAGGGCUACGAGGUUCGCAUCCUUCAGCGCAAUUCGGGCAUCAUCCAGCUCGACGGCUUUCAGCAGGAGGACUACGAGCGCCUGAGCAAGGUCUUCAAGAACUGGUACAGCACCGUUCUCGAGUCCAAGGAGCAUGCCCUGAGAGGCUGGAACUGGGGCAAGGCCGAGUUCUCCAAGGCCGAGCUCACAUUUAGCGUCCAGAACAAGCCCGCGUUCGAGCUGCCCUAUUCCGAGAUUGGAAACACCAACCUUGCUGGCCGCAACGAGGUCGCUGUCGAAAUGUCGCUGCCACAGGACGCCAACGACACUGGUACGGACGGCCAGGGCGGCGCGCGCGGCAAGGGGAAGAAGGCCGGCGCUGGUAGGGACCAGCUGGUCGAGAUGCGCUUCUAUAUUCCCGGCACCACGACCAAGAAGGAGGCCGAGGGCGAAGACGGCGCUAGCGGCGACGAAGGAGAGGAGCAAAACGCCGCCACUCUCUUCUACGACACUCUGAUCGAAAAGGCAGAGAUUGGCGAGAUGGCGGGCGACACCAUCGCUACCUUUCUUGACGUUCUCCACCUCACCCCCAGAGGACGGUUCGAUAUCGACAUGUAUGAAGCUUCUUUUCGGCUCCGCGGAAAGACUUACGACUACAAGAUCCAGUACGACGCGAUUAAGAAGUUCAUGGUGUUGCCCAAGCCCGAUGACAUGCACUGUAUGCUGUGUAUUGGCCUGGAUCCGCCGCUGCGCCAGGGCCAGACUCGGUAUCCCUUCGUCGUCAUGCAGUUUAAGAAGGACGAAGAGGUGACCAUCGAUCUCAACCUUGAGGAGAGCGAGCUGCAGAGCAAGUACAAAGACAAGCUGGACGCACACUACGAGGAGCCACUGCACCAUGUCGUGGCCAAGAUCUUCAGAGGCCUGGCCAACAAGAAGAUUUCGUCGCCGGCUAAGGACUUUAUCACCCACCGAAGCCAGUACGGCAUCAAGUGCUCCAUCAAGGCCAGCGAGGGCUUCCUGUACUGUCUGGAGAAGGCCUUUAUGUUCGUCCCCAAGCCGGCGACGUACAUUGCCUACGAACAAACGCAGUCCGUGACCUUUUCGCGUGUCGGCGGCGCCGUGUCUACACUGUCUACCUUUGACAUUACCGUCGUGAUGAAGAACGGCGCGGGCUCUUCGCAGUUCAGCAACAUUAACCGUGAGGACCUCAAGGCGCUCGAGGCCUUCUUCAAACUCAAGGGACUGCGCGUUAAGAAUGAGAUCGACGAGGACGCCAACAUGCUCGCCGCGGCGCUGCGCGAGCAGGACAUGGACGAGUCCGACGACGAGGUUGUGGCCGGUAAGGCCGACCGCGGCUCCGCCGACGAGGACGAGGAGAGCGUCGACGAAGACUUCCGCGCCGACAGCGACAGCGACGUCGCCGAGGAGUACGACAGUGCUCACGAGAGCUCCGGCUCCGGCAGCGCGAGCGACGCCGAGAGCGGCGUCGACGACGAGGACAUGGAUGAUGGCGACGAUGACGACGCGGAGGAGGAAGACGAGCGACCCAAGAAGAAGAAAAAGACGGGUUAGAUGUAGGGAGCUUUCCCUCCCGCCGAGGGGAAGAAGAGGGAGUGGCGGGGGCAAAGUACCCAUCGUUUUAGCAAAUGCUCGCUGCCCACAGCGCUGGAUAUGGGAAUGGCUGUGGUGGCGUUUGACGAGGGUGACGAAAGUCACGAGCCUUGACGGCGUUUAGGACUGGUUUCUUCUGGUAGUGAUGGAGAGGAGAGGGGGCUGGUCGAGGCCUGCUAUGCAAGCAAUACCCGUGUAAUGGAUAGCUGUGCAUGUAGUAGGAUGCCAACUUCGUCUCCCCAAAGAGAGAGAGAGAGAGAGAGAGAGAGAGAGAGAGAGA